UUACUAACAACACUAAUCCCUUACAGAAAUACAAUAGCAAUAAAAACCUGAAAAAAACUCGGGAAAGAUUAGAGGGUCGGAACGGCAAUUUUAUCCUUCUGUUUUUCCGAAACUUGUAAACACAGAGAAAGCAGACGAUCGUUGAAAACACAGAGAAAGAAACCUAUGGCCUCGAAACCAGGUUCAGCUCCGACCACCUACUCUCCCACUCCGAGUCGGAAAUCUCGCCCGCCCAUUUUCAAACACUAUGACGUCGAUUGGGUCCGACCCGAUGGUCGCAGCUUCUCUGAAUGCAGACCCGCAUAUUUCAGGACUGGUGCUGUCAAUGCUGCUGCUGGAUCAGCUUAUGCUGAGUUUGGAAAUACAAAGGUCAUUGUGUCUGUAUUUGGGCCUAGAGAAAGUAAGAAAGCAAUGAUGUAUAGUGAUGUGGGCCGGCUGAAUUGCAAUGUGAGCUAUACAACUUUUUCUACCCCAGUUCGUGGACAGGGAUCUGACUGCAAAGAAUUUUCCUCGAUGCUUCAUAAAUCUUUAGAAGGUGCAAUAAUGUUGGAAACCUUUCCCAAGACAACUGUAGAUGUUUUUGCAUUGGUGUUGGAAUCUGGUGGCAGUGAUCUUUCUGUUAUAGUAUCUUGUGCAAGCCUUGCCUUAGCUGAUGCAGGGAUUAUGAUGUAUGACCUUGUUGCUGGAGUUUCUGUGUCUUGUCUUGGUGCGAACCUGGUCAUUGAUCCAAUUUUAGAAGAGGAAAGCUGUCAGGAUGGAAGCCUAAUGAUUACUUGUAUGCCUUCUCGUUACGAGGUGACUCAACUCACUGUUACAGGAGAAUGGUCUGCUGCAAAGAUGAAUGAGGCGAUGCAGCUUUGCCUCGAUGCUUGCUCAAAGCUUGCGACAGUAAUGAGAUCAUGUUUGAAAGAACCUGCUUCAGCUUGACAAGAUUAAAAAGAAUUAUGAUUAGUAAGUUUGCCAAAAUCGUACAGGACACCCUUCCACCACCUAUCUUUGUUUCCUGCCUCUCCCCAUCUUCUUCCUUUAAACACGAACAACAUUAUACAGUUUUGCUAGAUUUUUCUGGUUGGAGCCCAAAUUUUGAUUAGUCAAUGAUAAUUUUUCCUGCCUUAUUCCGUAUUAUCAAUGUAUUUUUCCUUCCCAUUCCUGAAUGGAUUUGAAUUCCCA